AUGGUUUUCAUAAAGAGAUUGGUGCCUCUUUCAAUUUUGUAUUGUUUCGAAGGAAUCAUGUUAGGACUCAUUUUAUACAGUGUUCCAUCUGAUUUGAUAGAUAAAGGUGUUGAGAUAAGUAGAUACAAGUUUUCAUUCAUUUUGCUAUUACCUUACUUGUUCAGAUACGUAGUUGGACCUUUGAUCGAUAGCUUAAGUUGGGACAAGAUGGGUAGAAGAAGAAGCUAGUUGACAGUGUUGUAUUUUGGAUUGGGGUAUGUUUUAGUCGAAAAUUCUUAGAGUUCUGUUAUAUUUUUCAAAUUUCUAAUCGCUAGAUCCUAGUACAUGGUUUUGGAACAUAUUCUGGAUUGUAUGUUUGUUGGCUUGCAUUGACAUCAUAAUAGCAGCUUGGUUAGUUGAAAGUUUAGAGAAGCAAGACAGAGGGUAUGGAGCAUUGGCUCAAUUUCUAGGGAUUUUGAUUGGAGGAUUUAUUGGAGCAUACAUAUUUAAGAUGUUCAAUUCACUUGAAUUUUGCAAUACAUAUAUUUAUGCCAUUCCUCAAGAGAUACCGUAUAUUACACUCUAAAGUUAAAUUAUAGAUUUAUUUUUAGUUGCAUUCAAGGAUUUGUCUUACAUUUCAGUAGGACUUGGAGUUGCAUGCAUUAUAAUAAUACAUAAUGAGAAAACUAUUAAUUAAGAUGUAUGAAUGUCAUUAUAUUAGAUAAUCGAAGCUUACAAAUCAGCUCUUGGAGCAUUUUCGAAUCGUCAUUUGAUUGUUCUCUUUUUGUUUUUUUGUUUUUUCAGAGUUGGAUAGAUGCCUAUAGAUUUGGCUCAUAUUCAUUUGAUGAGAGGCUAAUUGACAGAGGGAUAAAUUCAAUUCCUGGAAAUACUAACUUUUCCUAUUGCAUGCAUUUUACCAUAUUAUAUGGCCAAAAUGAUCAAGACAAGAGUGUUGGAGAUAAGACUUAUCAUAGUGUUUUCCAUUUAUGAGAUUGGUAUAUCUAUUUAACUAAUUAUAUUCGACUAGCUAUCUCAGGAGUAUUUAUUAUAACAUUGUUUGCUUCCGAGGAGAAUUUCCCAUUCCCAUACAGAGAUACUUUGAUGAAGAUAUCCUUAUUUAGUGUCUGGUUAUUAAACUUGAUUAAUAUCACCCUGGCUUAGUCAUUUAUUUACAAAAGCACUUAAAGUUCUGUGUCUGCAACAUUCAUAGCUUUGUUAAGUAGUGAUAUUUGAUAAUAUUUAAGCCACUGGAAUAAACUUCUAGUUCAUUUUUGAAGGAUUUGUUGAGUAUUUGUUAGCUAAUUACAAUUAUUAUUUGAUUUGGAUAUGCGGAGUAGGAAUAUAUGCUCUAUUUUUUUUCCAUCUGGCUUCAAGAGUCACUAUGAUAGAUUAAUUGAAUUGCGAAGAGUUUAGUUUAGAAAUUGAUAUAAAGAAAGAGAAACUCCUAAUUAAUACAGAAUUAGCAACUUUGUCCUGA